AUGAAGGAGAUUGAUGCCUUUGUCCAGGAGUUUCUCUCCGUGGUCCAGAGGCUCCCAUCCUGUAUUUCCACACUGCAGAUUCUCUCCAGACAGCCUGUGCCCUCUGCCUUCACCGAACGGAAUUACUUCUGUUACAGCAACGAAGCCAAGUUCCAACUGCUGCGGAGGAUAACAGCGGCUGCUGAAAAAAUAGAGUUGCUGUGGCAACAGGCCUUUUCUAAGGCCCAUCUCCAGGUGCAGGUCUUCCAGCUGCGUGAUGAGGCACAGCAGGCUUUAGUCCGCAGUGCUGAGAAUGUGAUCCAAACGUUAGCUGAGACUCUGCCCCCUGGUGAUGCCCAGACCAGGGAAGAGUGGGUGCAGGAUCUGGACAGACUGAAGGAGAACUUCCACUCUGCUGUAGAGCUUCCGCGGCAGACCCUCGGAGCAGUCGCCGACUACUACCACUACUACAACAAAGCCAAUAGCUGGUACCGCAUCGUCCUGUGUGAGACUUUUCUCCAAGACCUUCUGUGGGGUUUGAACUGCGACAGCCUCCCCAAACAGUGCCACCCGCUGGAGAUGCAUGGCCCUGUCCCUGUGUGGAGGCAGGCGGUCUGUGACCUCCUGAGAAAGAAACCCUCCCCAGACAUUGAGGAGCUGGCCCAGCUGGCUCACCUGGCCAAUGUCAUCCCUGAUGCCCAGCUCCAGCAGAUGGGCAAACAGCUGUCACAUGGGUGCAUGACCCUGCGUAAACUCCUGACCUCUCCAGGAGCAGUACCUAUCAACGACUUCCAGUUGGCACUGCAGUGGCAGUAUGAGUUUCUGAGAGCCCGCCACAGGAAAGGGCCUGGGCCACACACUAACCUGGCUGUGGGCGGAGGAGGCCCCGAGGCCAUUCACAACGGUCCAGACAGGGCAUUAUGUAGUCUCCUUAGAACCUCUGGUUCCAGAUCAGACCACCACACAGACAACCUGCACAGCCAUGGCUCCCUCUCCAACCUCAAGCACCAUCAAGCCCCUCUAGGUACGUCCCCCUCCAGUGCCAUCUCUGGGGCUUUGUCUGCUGUGGGGAAGCCUCCCUCUCUCAGAUCCAUUGACUCUGGCUUUGAUGGAGCAGGAAGCAGCCAUGUGGAGACUGGGGCAGGGACGGAGGGAUGGGAAGGGAUGUCCAGGGUACCAGGAACCAGAGACUCCUUCAGGCCCAUCACCAGGCAGCCCCAGAUCCACGAGGAGAACAUCUCCAGCGUGUCUGACUCGGAGGACCGCAGGCAGGAGUUUGACUUUGGCUCUGUGGGAAACACCUCCAGGGCCAGCAUUCAGAUUAUCCCUAAAAUAACGGUGGACUCGCUAAAUUUUGUGAUCAAGCUGAAGCGGUCGGCUACCCUGCCCCAGAACCCCUGGCUCAGUCUGCCUGUGGAUGACCUGGAGAACUCUUACACGGUCACCAUCACCCAGAACCCAUCACCACGUCAGCGGGACAUCAAGAGCCCAAACCCCUCCGAGUGCUCCCACCACACCGACCAAUUAUCCAAUUGGUCUCGAGACCAGCCCACACAGACUGAGGUACACACCAGUCCUCAGAGCAGAGGAGCACAGCCCAGGGACAGUAUCCUACAGGCACAGGACAGCUUUAAGGAGUCGGAACUGAGCCCCAUUUGGAAUGCCCUCUCCAGCACCAUCACAUAUGCAAGAGACGGGCCCAACUACACUGCAGAGAGCAUUCCCACUCUUCUCUGGGAUAUGUAUGACUUCCAUAACUCCAAACAGGACACCUGUGAAAGGAUUACAAGCUCCAUGACUGAAGUCUCGUUAAAUGACUGGGACCUAAAGGAACAGGAGGGUCUCAGGAAGGUGGCAGAGAUCCUGGACCAGGCAGCUGUAAUACUGGAGGCAGGUUGA